AUGAAUGAUAAAAAAUUUCAAAUACAUUUCGAUCAUGGUCAUGAAGAUGAUAAUCAUUCAAUAAAAUCUCGUUUCUUGAAUCAAUAUCGUUCAUUUCGUUUAACAUCAUUAAUUUUUCCUAUUUUAUUGAGUUUACUUAUUAUUAUGGGUGCUUUAUUUUUAAUUCUUAGUAUUACUCGACUAAAUACAUGUCGUCGUCAGCAACAACUAGAACAAACGGAAGCACUUUUAGAAUAUAAACCUGAUGAUCAUAUGAAAUCAUGGUUACCAUGUGUUAAAACCAAUACAUCAUCAUGUGUAUGUCCAACAACAUUUAUUCAUUCAUUAUCAAAUCCACUUCAUUGUAUUCCAAGUCAUUCACGGUGUCUUAAGUCAUGUCAACAUAAUUUACAUUGUAAAUGUUAUAAUUUAGUUGAUCCAAUUCAUUGUCGCAUUGUAACACGUCAUUGGAUUGAAAAUGAAUUAAAAGCUGAACCUAUUGAACGUCUUCAUAAUUUAAUAAAAAAUCAUUUAUUACAAUAUACAUGGAUGGAUAAUUUUAAUCAUCAACUUGAACAUUUAUUUAUUGAUAAACAAUCAAAUGAGAAUUUAUUUUUAAGUCCCGAUAGACGAACUGGUUUUGCUAUGCAAGAACAAACUCAUGAUUAUUUAUUAAAUGAACGUUGGAUAAAAAUUGAAAUAAAUACAACACGACAACAUGUUGUUUAUACACAAUUAGAUCCGCAAACACAUACAUGUCGUAUGUCAUCAUUAUAUGAUAAUGGUUCAGUAACACAAGGUCCAAUCCAUAAAUGUCCAAGUUCAUCAAUAGUUCCACCAUAUUUUCUCGGUGUGGCUUGUAGUGAUAUUCUCGUUUUAUGGCAAGGUCUUUUACAAUCGUCAAUUCAAAGACAAGAAGGUUGGGCAAUGGCACGACAUAAUUUCGAAUUAAUUAAACCAGAUUUACCGGUAUUAUUGGAUCCAUUUCAUCGUUAUUAUUCGUUAUAUACUGAUUCAAAGAUUGAAAUUAAAGAUUUAAAUGGUGAUGUACUUGCAAGAUUUUUUACAGAUAUUAAACAAGCUACAAGAUUUGAAUUUCUUGAUCAACAUGGGACAAUAUGGAUAGCUAAUCAGACCCAUAUGCAAAUAUUUCAUUCAACUAAUGAUCAAAUAUGGCUUGACUUUUAA